CCGGCCCCGCGGGGCGGCCGCGGGCGGGCCGGGUGCGCGCCUGGGCCCUGAACAUGGACUUCCCGUGCCUCUGGCUAGGGCUGCUGCUGCCUUUGGUAGCUGCGCUGGAUUUCAACUACCACCACCAGGAAGGGAUGGAAGAGUUUUUGAAGACCGUUGCCCAAAGCUACAGUUCUAUCACUCACUUACACAGUAUUGGGAAAUCCGUGGAAGGUAGAAACCUGUGGGUUCUUGUUGUGGGGCGAUUUCCAAAGGCACACAGAGUUGGGAUUCCGGAGUUCAAAUAUGUGGCAAAUAUGCAUGGAGAUGAGACUGUUGGGCGGGAACUGCUGCUGCAUCUGAUUGACUAUCUCGUGACCAGUGAUGGGAAAGACCCUGAAAUCACAAAUCUGAUCGACAGUACCCGGAUCCACAUCAUGCCUUCCAUGAACCCAGAUGGAUUCGAAGCUGUCAAAAAGCCUGACUGUUAUUACAGUAACGGAAGGGAAAAUUAUAACAACUAUGACCUGAAUAGAAAUUUCCCCGAUGCUUUUGAAUUUAAUAAUGUCUCAAGGCAGCCUGAAACUGUGGCAGUCAUGAAGUGGCUGAAAACGGAGACAUUUGUACUUUCUGCAAACCUGCACGGUGGUGCCCUUGUGGCCAGUUACCCAUUUGAUAAUGGUGUUCAAGCCACUGGGGCAUUACUGUCCCGAAGCUUAACUCCUGAUGAUGAUGUUUUUCAAUAUCUCGCACAUACCUACGCCUCAAGAAAUAUCAACAUGAAGAAAGGAGAUCAGUGUAAAAAUAAAAUGAACUUUCCUAAUGGUGUUACAAAUGGAUAUUCUUGGUAUCCGCUCCAAGGAGGAAUGCAAGAUUACAACUACAUCUGGGCCCAGUGUUUUGAAAUCACGCUGGAGCUGUCGUGCUGCAAAUACCCUCGUGAGGAGAAGCUUCCAUCCUUUUGGAAUAGUAACAAAGCCUCGCUCAUUGAAUACAUGAAACAGGCUCACCUAGGUGUAAAGGGUCAAGUUUUUGAUCAGAAUGGAAAUCCAUUGCCCAAUGUAAUUGUUGAAGUCCAAGACAGAAAACAUAUCUGCCCCUAUAGAACCAACAAAUUCGGAGAGUAUUAUCUCCUUCUCUUGCCUGGAUCCUAUAUAAUAAAUGUUACAGUUCCUGGACAUGAUCCACACCUCACAAAGGUGGUUAUUCCAGAGAAAUCCCAGAAUUUCAGUGCUCUUAAAAAGGAUAUUCGACUUCCAGUCCAAGGGCAAUUGGAUUCUAUCCAAGUAUCAAAUCUUUCAUGCCCAAUGAUUCCUCUAUACAGAAAUUUGCCAAGCCGCUCAGUGGCAACAAAGCCUAGUUUGUUCUUAUUUUUAGUGACUCUUUUGCACAUAUUUUUCAAAUAAAGUAAAAUGUGAAACUCAACCCCCGUCACCUCAUGGAAUCAGGGAUUACUCACUCCAGGUUACUGCAGCCCUAACUCCCUCUAGUGGGACCUCGGCUGGACAAACUCCAUGGUCUUCCUGAAGAAGAGAAAUGGAUAUUUCCAAAUCCUGCAAUACAUUAUAUGUGGUGAUAAUGAAAGGAAUGAUUCAGUCUUGAUGAUGAACAGGAGACACCUACCUAGCAAGUACUGCUUAUUUACACUUAAAUUAAUCUUGAAGUAGCCUUAGAAUUUUUAAGAAGUGAAACCUGAGAAUCAAAAAAGAAGUUCCUGCAAGAAAAAAAUGAGCUAAUUUUGUAUACAAAGAGCCAGAUGAAUAUAAGCAAUAAAGAUGAACAUUUAUUGAUCACCUACUAUGUACAGGACCUUGCCAUGAGUGCUACAUGUGGAGAGAUAGUAAGUGUCAUAUAUGAUUAUUUCUCCACGAAGGGAGAAAUAAUCAUAGGACUGGGAAUAGUUGUGUAAAUGUUCUAAUGAGAGAAAAUAGGCAACCAUGUCUCAGUGGCCCAAGAAAAUACAGGCCUGAUGGGAUGUGUCUGCAGAGCCCCAAAGCAACAGGUCAAUCAGGUAAGUCUCUCUCUCUCCCUCCAGAGCCCUGACCCUGCCUGUCUGCACCUGGGUGCCACAGUCCUCUGUCAUGCUGACGACCCCCACAGGUGCAGCUCAUGUCUCUCCUGCGCCGCUGCAACGGCUUUCUCGGCCUCUCGCUCCCAGCCUUCUCCUCUUCAAGUCCGUCCUCCACACAGCCCUGGGGAAGGGGAGCUGUUGGAAACAAAAAUUGGCAACUGCUUGUAUUACUAGUUCAUCAAAAAAUAGCAUGCUGUUUGUGUCCCCUGUAUCUGGAAUGCCAGCCUGACUCACUACAUUUCCUUUUUCACGCCUGUUAAAACUCAGUGCUGGAAUCAACUCCACUAGGAGGCCUUGGCUGACCAUCGUCCCAUUCAAUUCCAUUCCACUCCUCCCGGGCAUUCUGGGGUUAGGGGCCCUUCCUCUUUGUCCCCAGAGUAAACUGGUUAUCUCUGUUAUUGGAUUUACAACCCCGUGCUGUGAUCUUCUACUACCAUAUGUGCCUUCUCUCGUAGAGCAUGAGCCCUUUAAGGCCAAGUCUAUUAAUUUGUUUGAA